GAAUAAACAAUGCAAUCAAGCAUAGGAUUACGACGGCAACAUUAGAUGAAUUUUGUGAUUAAUUGGGAAAAAAAAUGGAGGGAGAAUGAGUAGAUUAAGUAGGAUGAAGUUGCUCCCCCACCCCAACUUCAUUUCAAUGGCGUAUGAACGUGGGACCGAUCUUUACUGAUGUCGUCUGUCUCCCUCGUUUGCCUCUUUAUCAUCCUUCGUAGCCGUCUCUGCCAUGGCUGACACCAGAGAGAGAGAGAGAAAGAACCCACAUUGCCUUUCGUUGGACAUAUCUCGUCUCUUUCGGCAUCUUUCGAUCUUCCCCCCAAAAAUCCUAGUUUUGGAUAGAACCCAUUGCUGAUCAUCCAAAAAGUCUCGAUCUUUUAGCUCUGCUUCUGCAGAUUUCGGCUCUGUCAUCGAUAAGUCCAUCUGGGUUUUGCUGGGGUUUAGCUCUUCUCAUCUGGGCACUCACCAAAUUAGGGAAAUUUGUAUUUUUUGCCUUGCCACUUUUCCUCUUGCUUUCUCCAAAAACCCUAAUUUGGCAUAAACAGUGAUCAGGACCCAAACCUUGAUCUUUCUGCCGGAUUUCUGGUUUCUUGUUCAGGGAUUCGCGCUCAAGUUGAAGAACGAGAAGAGAGAGAGAGAGAGAAACGCCAUAGCCAUCAAUGGAGGACGACGAUGGAUAUGCUCAUAGUUCCUUGUUCGGUAACCUAACGACCGAAGAACUCGCGAGCAAGAUAGUUCUUACAGCAAUCAUCGUUCUGUUCAUGGCGGUUCUGUUCGUUCUUCUGCUCCAUCUCCACGCCAAGCUUUACUGUUGGCGCAUGGACCAGCAACAACAGCAACAGUCACCCGCUCCGCCGCAGCUCACACGCCGCCAUCGCGGCCGUUUCAUCUUCGUCCCGGGCCUAGAUUCCCUGCGAAACACCGGUCUCAGUCCUUCUCAACUCAGUUCCCUACCCACUGUGGUUUUCAGACAAGUAACCUUCAAAGACGGACUGGAAUGCGCCAUUUGCUUGUCUGAGCUUGUCAAUGGCGACAAAGCAAGGCUGCUUCCGAACUGCAACCACAGUUUCCACGCUGAUUGUAUUGACAUGUGGUUCCAGUCUCACUCAACUUGUCCCAUUUGCAGAAACACGGUUCUUGGUCCAGAACAAGCCAGUUCGAACCAAUUUGAUCCUGUUUCAGACAAUGCAGCUGUUGCAGCCAGUACCAAUAACCAUGAUACUCAGUCUCCAAAUCCAAGUUCUUCACCUGAAUCUUCAAAUUUCCCCACCAAUGUAUUGGUUUGGGGCAGCCAGGAUCAGGUUAGCACAGGCAACAACAAUGCUGCACCUCUCGAAGAUUCUCGAGUUCAAGAGGCAGUUGUUGUUCUGGAGAUUAGCAAUGGAAACACAGGUCAAAACGCACCGUCCUCUUCUUCAUCCUCGACAAGGUUUCUUGUCGAGGAUGAAGAGCCGAAAUCUCCAAUGACGACGAGGCUGAGGUCUUUAAAGAGGUUUUUGAGCAGAGACAAGAGAGUGGCUUGUAGAAGUGGGAGUAGCUCCACUGCAUCUGCAUCUGCCACUGAUGCUUAAAGACUGUAACUUAGAUAAUGUCAGCUAAGAUUUGCCUGAAGAUGUAUGAAUUCUCUACUGUCUCGGCUCUUUUCUGGCUAUGUCUGAAAAGCUUUUAUUUUA